UCUGGGACGCGGCGGACCGGCUCGUCGCCCCCGGCGACGGCGACGAUGACGACGGCCUCGUCCCGCCGGGGCCCCGGAAGGGGGCGGGGUCCCCGUACGGGCCCCUCCUCGGCCGGCAGGCCCCCCCCUCGCGGAUGACGCUGGACGCCCCUUUUUCGGAGUACGACGACGACGCCGCCGCCUCCCCCCCCGAGGGGGCGGAGGGCGAUCGCUUCGACCUGAUUUGCGGCUACGUGUACGACGCCGCCCGUCUCCGCGAGCAGUACGGGCAGGAGGAGGAGGAGGAGGAGGAUGAGGAGGAGGAGGAGUCGCUUCACCCCAAACUGCUUCUGGAGGACUCCCCGGCCCUCACGCCCCCCUCCCCCUUCAGAGAUUCGGUGCGCUCGGGCAGCACCCCCCCCAGCUCGCCCGCGUCCGGGACGGCGCUGGGCACGCCGCCGAACGUCACCUACGCCCCCGUCAUCCUGCGCGACUACAAACAGAGCUCCUCCACACUGUGAGAGCGGCGUCCUCCGCACUGAGAGAGCGGCGUCCUCCACACUGUGAGAGCGGCGUCCUCCACACUGUGAGAGCGGCGUCCUCCACACUGUGAGAGCGGCGUCCUCCACACUGUGAGAGCGGCGUCCUCCACACUGUGAGAGUGGCGUCCUGCACACUUGAGAUCCUCACACUGCAGUAUUUGACACUUUUCUUCGUAUUUAUUUAUUUAUUU